AAUACCUCUUUUGCAACAUAUUUACAAAGUAUAUAUAUAUAUAUAUGUUCAGACAAGUUGUUUUCUUCAUACAAACUAUUACAUCCUUUUGUCAUAUUAUAAGUUUUACAGGAUGGUGAUGGCGACAAGAUCUCUUCAACUUUUUUGUUUAAUUGUUUGUUCUUUGGCCAUCAUCAAAACUGAAAGUGCAACAGACUUGGAUUUCUAUGAAGUGAAGAAAACAAUUGUUAAGAACGCGGUGUCAAAAGGAGCAGUAUGCCUGGAUGGAUCACCUCCAGCAUACCAUUUUGAACCAGGAUUCGGGGAAGGAAUUGGAAAUUGGUUUGUACAACUUGCGGGAGGAGCAUGGUGCACAAGCGUCGAAACAUGCAAGGAACGAAUCCGGGACAAUAACGUGGGUUCUACAACUAUUAUGGGGCCAUUCACAUUUCAAGGAAUUUAUAGCAAGAAUCAGAGUGCAAAUCCAGAUUUCUACAACUGGAACAAAGUGCUUGUUAGAUACUGUGAUGGUGGAGCGUUCACUGGAGAUGUCGAAUACGUUGAUCCUGCUACUAAUCUUCAUUUCAGAGGAGCAAGAAUUUUUGAAGCAGUAAUGGAGGAUGUGUUGGCAAAAGGAUUAAAGAAUGCCAAGAAUGCUAUUAUUGCUGGAAAUUCAGCUGGAGGAUAUCCAGCAAUGCUAUAUUGUGAUCGUUUUCGCAGUUUACUGCAAAAUACUCCCAGAGUGAAAUGCUUUGUUGAUGCUGGUUAUUUUAUCCAUGCGAAGAAUCAAAAGCAAGCAAGAGGCUUCGAAGAAAUAUACAACGGACUUGUUACUUUACAUGGUUCUGCCAAGACGUUACCCAAAUCAUGCACUUCAAAAAUGAAACCGCUAUUGUGCUUAUUCCCUGAAAACAUACAACAAAAUAUCAAGACACCACUUUUCAUUGCGAUGUCAGCAUUUGACAUAAUUCAGAUUAACACUACUGUAGAACCUCAUUUACACAACGUCAUUGAAAAUGGGACAUGCACGACAAGUCAGAACAAAGCCUUCAGAGAAUUUAGGUCGGAAUUCUUAAGUACUCUGCCCAAACCAAACAAUCCUAAACUGAGAGGUGUUUUCAUUGACUCGGUAAAUCAUCAUACAUCGCUACUGCUAAGGUGGUCUCCUGAAAACGCCACUAUGAUAAAUAACCUGAGUCUACCAAAGGCAUUUGGUGAUUGGUACUUCGAUCGGAAGUAUUGGUAUGUGAUAGAUGAGCAUGAUUUGCCAAUCUCUAAAAAGCAUGAGCAUGACGGAAGGGCAGACCCAUAAGGAGGAUAAUCUCAAUGUGCAUUAAUGCUUAGAAUCCAUUUAUCUCAAAAUUUGCUGACUACUUUAAUUUCUCAUGUCUAUUGUAAAUUGUUGACAAGGAGGAUCACUUCCACCUAAAUGGUCUCAAUUUCGGAAUUUUUUUAUUUUUAUGUA